GCCGAACCCCCUGUCGUGUCGCUUAACAGUGUCAUGUCAGUGUGAUCCGGUCCUCCGAGGAGCUCCAGUAGCAGCUCUGACUGUCGGUGUGGACAUGAGAGGGAGUCAGAUGUGUUAACCGUGUACCAGCCGGUGAACAGGCCGCUCAGCAUCCAUCAGAGCGGGACUGCUGACCGCCCCGGAGCCCGCUGCCUACAACCACAAACCGGCUAACCUGCUAGCUCACCUGAACCUGCUAAUUUUGACCAUUUUAGUCCGGUUUACUGCAGAGAUGGGUGAGUAACGAAGCCCGCGAGCUAACUGGGCUAACUCGCUAAGAGGAAGAACUGUUUCACAUUCAUUUAAAACACACUUAAUGUUACGUUGAAUGACUGAAAACGCUUCUAAAUCGCCACGUAGUGCUGCUAUUUUCUGUUAAUGCUCACCAUAAUAGCGUCACCGGCUUUUACCGCUUUAUUCCCCUUUAUUCUGUGUGAUUUUAACGUUAGUGAGAAAAAGCUGACCAGCCACUCGUGCAUUAGUGCGCGUGCGUGUGAGCCUCAGUACUCGGGUGGGGUAGCUGCUCUCCUCCAUCCACUCCCCGCUCUCAGAGGUCGUGAUUUUUCCACGUUAAACAUGCUGAUUUAUCCCAGUGUUGCAUUAUUGUGGUAUGUUAUUGGGGACUGUUGAGGCUAAAUGAAUGAGCCACAUCCCCUGAAAUGGCAGAGCUGCUGAUGGUAGAGAUGGCACUCCUCCAUCUCCACAGCUGUUAUGCAAUAGGAUCCAGCAGCCCACUUUGUGUUGCUGUUUCUGCUGCACUGCUCUCUGUAAUGCCUCUGUUAACAUAAUCAUGAUAGCUUUAAUCAUAUAGCGCCCCUAAUAGAUGCGCUUUCAUAGAAAAUGCUGGAAUAGCAGAGCAGUCAUUCAACAGCCAGGCUCAUUGACUGUUUGUAAAUAAGGACGACGCCUCCAUCUGCUCCCACUGCAAAAUAAGAAGCCAAAACACCACCACAAUUGGCGCUGACACCUGUACUGGUGACUGCUUUGGAUCCAGGCUGAUGGAGCUACAGGGUUGAUGUCACGCCCCAUCUGUCAACCGAAACACACAUUUAACUUGAGAAUCCUCACAACGAUUGACACCAGCAUGUUGUACUGGAUAUUUAAUCAGAGUUAAAUGUGGACUAAGAUCAAACAGCUCUCACUUUCACUUCAUCGUCAGGAGCUCAGAUUCAUGGGAAACAAAGAGAGGAAAGCAGGGAGAGAAGCAGGAGGAGAGAGGAGAGCAGGGAGAGGAGCAGGAGGAGAGAGGAGAGAACAGGGAGAGGAUAGCAGGAGGCGAGAGGAGAGCAAGGAGGAGGAGAGAAGAGAGCAGGGAAAGGAGCAGGAGGAGAGAGAGGAGAGCAGGGAGAGGAGCAGGAGUACAGAAGAGAGCAGGGAGAGGAGCAGGAGGAGAGCAGGGAGAGGAGCAGGAGGAGACAAGAGAGCAGGGAGAGGAGCAGGAGGAGACAAGAGAGCAGGGAGAGGAGCAGGAGGAGAGAGGAGAGCAGGGGAGAGAGGAGCAGGAGGAGAGAGGAGAGCAGGUAGUGGAGAGCAGGUAGUGGAGAGCAGGAGGAGAGCAGGGAGAGGAGCAAAAGGAGAGAGGAGAACAGAGGGAGGAGGAGAGCAGAGAGAGGAGAGCAAGGAGAGGAGCAGGGAAAGGAAAAGUACAGAAGACAGCAGGGAGAAGGAGAGUGAAGAGCAGGGAGGAGGAGAAGAGAGCAGGGAGAGGAGCAGGGAGGAGAAGAGAAGAUAGCAGGGAGAGAAGGAGAGAGGAGAGCAGGGAGAGGAGCAUGUAGGAGGAAAGCAGGGAGAGGAUCAGGGAGGAGGAUAGGAGAACACAGAGAGGAGCAGGAGGAGAGAGGAGAACAGAGAGAGGAGGAGAGCAGAGAGAGAAAGAUUAGGAGAUAGGAGAGCAAAGAGAGAGGAGCAGGAGAAGAGAAGAGAGCAGGGAGAGGAGGAGUAAAGAGGAGAGCAGGGAGGAGGAGAGAGGAGAGCGGGGUGAGGAGGAGAGAGGAGAGCAGGGUGAGGAGGAGAGAGGAGAGCAGGGAGAGGAGCAUGUAGGAGGAGAGCAGAGAGGAGCAUGGAGGAGGAUUGGAUAACAGAGGAGGAUGAUGAGGAGAGAGGGUUAGGAAGAGAGAGGAGCAGAAGGGGGAUGGAGCAGAGAGAAGGGAGGGGAGCAGGGAGAGGAGUAGGAGGAGACAAGUGGAGACAGGUGUAUGUAUCUGUGUGCCUGGAAAGCCAAGGGACAGAACGAGCACAGUAAGAGAGAGUCUGCAGUGUGCACAAGCAGGAAUGAACCAUGGACUCCCUAGUCUUAACGUGAAAGUCACUGUUCUGAAUCAUGUUAAAAAUUAAAGUCUCGGUGUAAAGGACAUUAUAUAAAAGCUUGAAAAGACUGAAUGAUUUGUCUGUGAUAAAAUGUAAAUCCUUUGAUGUUUUUAGACAGUAUAAAAGUACUACAAGUGAAAUCUGUGAUUUCAUGCUGCAAUAACUGAUCAAUUACAAAACAGUUAAAGACUUUGAGGUGGAAGAUGAACUGUGUAGAUGCGUUUCUCAGGCGCCAGGUGGUAAAGAAAACUGUCUGCUUUUAUCGAUGUUUGCCAAACGAAACGCUGGCUCACUGACAUCCAUCAACUAGGCCGUUAUCAGCUAGGAUGGGCAUCCCCAGUUUGUGCUGAUUAUUGAUUAUAUAAGAUCUCACAGGUGAAGUCUGUCAAUGUGAAGAAAUGCAAAUCCGCAUUAACCAUGCUUCAGAUUCACUUCUUUAUCAGAUUGAAAAACUGUAUACUCAUGAGACCCUGAAUAACGUCUACAUCGGUCUUUAUUCGACAGUUUAAGGGAUAUUACACAAUGUUUAAUCCCAGGCUGAGUCGCUCAUGCUGUCAUUUGAUGCCUAUCAGAAGGGGAUUGAUGUUUGCUGUGCAUUGUGCAUUAUGCAACAGACAGCAACAACCGGGUCACUGCAACAGUGUCUGCAGUCCUUAUGCAAUUUAUCAUCAUCUGGUCUGUGGCCUUGGUGCUUGCAUGGCAAAAUUCCUGUUAUUGUAACUAUUUCAGAUAAUGAAAAUGAACCUUAUUGUCUCUCUACGGUCGAUAGAAUAAACCAGAAAGUGGAGUGUCAGCCUCCAGGGUAAUUAGAGGUCCUUCUGGCCCAAACCUGACAGGUCAGUCCUAAUCGGGUUCUGCUGAGCCUGCAGACUGUGAGUGAAAACGCAGCCAAAAUCUGAUUCAAGCUCAUAAAGCAGGUGUAGGUGUUCUAGCCAAUAUGGACAUUUAUAAGUUCUCAUUUUUCCUUGAGUAAAUACAGGCUUGAAAUAUACGUCAUACCAGAUUGUAGAUAGAUGUAUGUUUUGUAUAGAUUCAGUAAAAAGGUCUCAUUUUUCAGUGGGGGUAUAGAUGAGCUGUCACUGUUCAUAAAUUGCAGCUCCAUCGAGCAGUUCUGAGAAAAGGCCAAGAGCCUCUUUCAUUCCUCACAGUCAGGAGUAUCAAACGAUGUCUGAAUUGGUUUCUCUCUCUCACCGAUUUAACAACAUGCAUGUUGAUUGAUUCAUAAUUUUUGAUGGAUGGUUGUGCAGCAGUCAUAAAUCACUGGUUCAGUUUCAAUGGUGAGUUUCGCAGAGUAUGAAGUCGGUCGAUCUUUAGUGGUCCAGGUGCUGCAGGGUAGAGGAGAGGAGAUGGAAGCUGUGGUGCAAAGUGAGGGAGCUGGUUCUAAAAUGAAACCUGCCUCCAUGUUUGUUGAAGUUCAGUUGAGUCAGAAGAGAAAUUUUGGAUCUAAAUGUCCUAAAAUCAAUAGCGUGAAAGUACAAAUCCUGUGAUGUGUGUUGUGUAGAGUUCACAAGAGUGUCAACAGGUCAGCAGUUACAAAAAUGUCUCAUUUUCAACAAAAUAGCAACACAGCAGGUAGUCCCUGAAGUUCUGUUCAUGAUCCUGAUGUUGUGCACUGAGACGUUAUUGAAGGUGACUGUACUAACUUACAUAAAAAUAAUAGUCAGCCUCAGUCUCAGACAGUUUUGCACUCAGGUUAAGUGCAUGCUUGCUACAUAUCGCUAAAUGCAAAUAUACUCAUUUAGUUGGCCAGAGAGCCACAUCUCAAUUGAUAAAGAAAAAUCUAAUUAAACUCAUGGCAAAAGGAAGACAAUUUGCACAAUUUGCAGGUGAUACCAAGUUAAAGGCAGGCUGUUUGACCUCAGUUUACUUGUCGAAAGAGCAGCUGUCUCUCGCACUAUAAAGUAAUAAUGUGCAUAGGGCUGGGCGAUGAACCAAAAAUGUACCGAUACUGAAAUUAACGAGAAUAACCAACGCCAUUUUCUCCAUAUCAGUAUAUUCUGUGUCAAAAAAAUAAAAUAAAAGUUGGUUUAGGAUGUGUGUAGGUAGGUUAUGGUCUCAUGUACCUUUAAGACAGUGGUUCUCAAGUCCAGUCCUCGAGGCCCACUGUCCUGCAUGUUUUGGAUGUUUCCCUGCUCCAACACACCUGAUUCAAAUGAUUAGCUCGUUAUGAAGCCAUUCCAGAGGUUAAUAACGAGCUGAUCAUUUGAAUCAGGUGUGUUGGAGCAGGGAAACAUCCAAAACAUGCAGGACAGUGGGCCUCCAGGACUGGACUUGAGAACCACUGUCUUAAAGGUACUGUCCUGUCGAAGACGUGACUCCACCCCAUCCAGUCCAUAACAAAGAGGGAAAGACAGGUGAGGAGAUGGAGGAGGGUUCAAAAGUUGAAGCGGCUGGAGUAAUGUGGGAGGGGUGAGCAACUUGUGGAGUUAGAUCGAUGAUAAAUCGUCCAUUUAUCAUGAUCGAGGUGAACUCCUCAAUAUAUUGUGAUAUAUGCCCUAAAUGUGCAUGUGAAAUCCUCUGAAGCUUCACAGCUUUUGCUUCUAUUUGUGCCAGAAAAUUCACAAAAUUUCACAGCAUCAAACUCAAACUGGAUUGUGUAACUUGCAGCAACCCGUCAUGGUGGUUGGAGGCACCACCACACCUCAAUAGUAGCAACAGUUACUGUCUCAUAUGAAUAAUAAAACCUAAGAGGCAUUAAGUGCAGCUUUUUGCAUACUUGUUAGCAUUGAAAUCAUCAUGUUUCUGUUUCUAACAUGACGUUGUCAAGCUGUUAUAUACACCAGCUCAGUAGCAGAAACUGAUUAUAUUAAAGCAUGUUUUCUAUAAGAGAGGAAAUCACAGAGACUUCAGUGUAAUUGUAGCUGUGGUUAUGAAAGGUGUCAGAGCCUGUAGAGACUUCAUUAAAGCGCAGGAAUCCGUCAGUGAAAGCAGCAUUCACACCUUUCCAACAUCUGGCAAGAAUGUUUUCUCACAUCAGCUCAGGAGAGACUUCCUGUUUGGAGGCAUGCAUGUGGAAAUUUCACCAAGAAAAACUCAAGUCACUGAAACUUGGAUGCAGCCCAUAUCUACAAGAUUUAUCAGAAUGAAUGCAUCACCCUUUUCAGCUGAUAUGUCUGCAGAAAUGUUCAAUAUGAUAGUUGCUUUUAUUGAACAAAUGUUUAGUCAAAACUUAAGAGUUCAACAUCAUAAACAGUGAACCAGUUCAAUACAGUGAUGUCACACAGUCCUGCUGGGUCGAGACAAUCAGGUAGUGUUGAUAGAUUUGAAAGUGAGACAAAGUGGUGCAAGGAAACCGACCAAGAAGAAGGAGAGACGCUCCUGCAGCAGGGCCACUGCAGCUUUUUUACUAACUAAUUUAAUAGGCCAUGUGUAUAAUAGAAGGCCGAUACAGACAAUCUGCCAGAUGCCAAAUAUCUGCAAAGGCCAGUAAUCAGUCCACCCCUUUCAUCAGUUCCAGAUAUCAAUUAUUGGUCUCAUCAACUACCAUGAAUGCACAUCAGUAUUGGCCCUGAAAAACCGAUAUCGGUCAACCCCUAAAAGAAAGCUGUUAAAAGAGACCAAAGGAUGAUGGGACAGUGGUUUCAGUCGUCCCAGCUUCCCUCUGACUUUGUCACUGGAAGACCAGUGUUUCAUAUUGUUAGAGGUCCAUGAUUAUAUCAGGACACUUUUGCUCUUGCAAUGUUGCUAAAUUGAUGAUUCUUCUAACGUGUUCCUAUAGGGCUGGGUAAUAAACAGAAAAUUUACAGACACCGAAAUUUACGACAAUAACCAACGUCAUUUUGCCUAUGUCGGUGUAUUUAGUGUCAAAAAAUGAAUAAAAUAAAAGUUGGUUUUAUAUGUGUGUAGGUAGGCUAUGGUCCCAUGUCCCUUAAAGACUCUGUCCUACAUCGGAGACGUGACUCCACCCCGUUCAGUCCAUAACAAAGAGGGAAAGACAGGUGAGGAGAUGGAGGACGGUUCAAAAGUUGGAGAGGCUAAAGUAGACAGUGAUUGUGGGAGGGGAUGAGCAGCUUGUGGAGUAGUUAUCGUCCGUCUAUCAUUAUUGAGGUGAGCUGCUCAAUAUAUCGGGAUAUUGAUUUGAGGCCGUAUCGCCCAGCCCUACAUUACUACUUUUAGUCAGUAUUGUUUUCUCCCAAUUACUUACUUUCCAUGCUUUAGGAGGCAGUGGCUUCAGAAGAACAGCAGUUGAAUGAGAUGACCAAACACUCUGACUUGAUUUCCAAGUGUCACAAUAGCUUUGAGAAGGACUCUGUUUUCCUUUUUUUUUAAAGAUAAAAAUGUUCAAAAUCCACUAAAAAUGUAGAAUCAAACAAAAAUAAAACCUGAAGACCUUUCCACAACUAGAUCUACUUUUCAGAAAACAUGAACCAGAUAAAUAAGCUGCAUAUGAACUCCAGUUUACAUUGUUCCUCUGUUAGAAGAAUAGACGCAGGCGGAGGCUAAGGACAAGGGCAACAAACUCAACAAAGGUUACUUAAAUGCUUGGCUGUUAUUCACAGGCCUACAGAUAUAUUAAUUACGAGUAAAUAAAACCACAAUAACACCUGUAGGCAUUUGGAGAGAUGCCUGCUGAAGUAAUGUGCCGCUUACGCUCCCCUGUAAUGUCAAACUGAAGCAGUCAGUCAAUGGAGAGAGCAUAGCCUCAGUCACAGUCUGACCUUAAUGCCAGCUAUAUGCCAUUCUGCAUUAUGUCAGGAUUUUAAUUGUAAUGUUAGACGUGUCAGAGGAACAGCAUGUGAUGAUAAAUGGGUGUACUGUUACCAGAGCCGUACACUGAACCUCAGGGGGGAAGUUGAAUCUGCUGGUGAAACAUGUGACAGCUGUAAUGUGUGCCUGUGGUGCAGGGGCAGCAUACCGACUUGAAAAAGGAGACAUCAUCACACAAAGACAGAUGUACGCCGCCAAACAAACAAGACAAGAGCGGCAAACUUUAUGUCCAGCAGCUCUUUCAUCCUGAUGUUGCUGCAGUUUGUUCUUCCUUGUUUCCUCUAAAUUUAUCUGUCAGUUGAGUUUCAGCUCCGAAAUAAUAAUCUUAGUUUUUCUUCAUGACCUGUCUCUGUUUUUAGAUAACUUAAGUGAAGCCCUGGAGAAGCUGAAGCUAGCGUCUUCAGACAGCGCCACAGACAGCGUGGAGAGCUGCCUGGACUGCCUGCUGAAAGCUCUGGCCAACAACAGUGAGUACAGCCUGGAUUAACAUCUAUCGAGUUUUUAAGUCCAGCAGAGACGUCCAAUUUGAAGUUCAUCUGCCCCCGAUUCUGAUCCAAGUUUUUCUAAUCUUAUCUCUGCAGUGAGAAAAUAUUUGCAGGAAAUACUUCUAUCACCAAAAGUUUGACAACUUACUCAAAUAAUCAACCUGGACUGAAUAAUGGACCGUUUUUUGGGUACCUCUCUGUUGGGGCACUGAGUAUAUUGAUCCCACACUGUCCUUUCACACCGGGACCGUUUUUGUCGUGCGAUUAUUUCGGAUAUCAGUAUUGUUUUUCGAACCCGUAUCCUGUCAAUACUAGUGUUCACGUCAGCGACGUUUUCCCGUUCUACGAUAUUGCGGCAUAUUUUUUUUUUUUGGAUCAUGGUCGAUUUUUCUAAAGUUUUGCAUACUGUGUGUCCACUUCUGACCAAUCAGAUUGCGUGUAGUUGUAACGUCAGUGUGUAGGUAGGCUAUGGUCUCAUGUCCCUUUAAGACGCUGUCCUACAUCAGAGACGUGACUCCAUCCCAUUCAGUCCGUAACAAAGAGGGAAAGACAGGUGAGGAGAUGGAGGACGGUUCAAAAGUUGUAGCAGCUGGACUGGUGGCUGAAGUAGACGGAGUUAAUGUGGGAGGGGGUGAGCAGCUUGAUCGUUAUCGAGGUGAACUGCUCAAUAUAUCGUGAUAUUGAUUUGAGGUCGUAUUGCCCAGCCCUACUUUAUUCCGACACAGACUCCAGCUGAGCAGAGCGAGAGGCGCAGAGAUGACUGCAAAGAGAGAGAGAGAUUGCAGACAAUGGAAUAUUUCACAUUAACCCUGUGUUACUGAAUGAUUAACACAGCUUACCCACAGCUUAAAUUCAUCAUACCAAGUAACUGCCCCAGAAACGACUUCAAAAUAAAAGCGUUGUGUCAAAAACAGGAGAGGUCUGUCCCCAGAAAAGCAGAUCAGGCUUCUCCUUUGAAAAGUAUUCAGGAACAUUGAGUGAAUACAGCCUCCAGUUUAUCAUUUUUCAUCGUCUUGUGGGCUGAAAUCUGCCCAGCUUGCGGUUAAUAAUUCAGUGAGAUGUGCCGCGGCCUGAAUGGUCAAAUCUGUUGACAUGUUUGCCAAAAGUCACCCCAAGCACCAGGAUGGGGUAAAGUCAGCUUUGGAAAUACAAGCAAGAUCAGGACUCACUGUACCAAACUGUGCUGAACCAAAAUUACUCAGUAGGCUGUCAGAAAGUUUUGCCACGCUUACAGACAUGCUGCCAGCACCGAUAAAAGUAGCACAUUUAUCCGUCUCUUUACAGAUCUGGCAGUGUUGAGCAUUUUCCACUCUUAAAUUUGGCUGUUCGUGAAAUGAGAAGUUAUGAGGAGUUGAUGCACAAAAACACAUCAUGAUAUCAGCCUCUGCUCCAGCAUGCUUUUAUGUCAUUGACAUAUUUUGUUUCCAUCUGCAGACACCGAGGCCAGCAUGAAGAUCCAGGAGAUGGCCAUCCUCCCCCUGCUCCCCGGCCUGCUAAAGCCCCAGUCCGCCUGCACCCCCAAAGUAGCCAACAUCAUAGCUGAGGUGGCCAAAAACGGUGAGGUUCAGUUUCCAAGCCCAUCAGCCCAGAAUAUCCUGACUCUAUGCCUCCAUUUAUCUGUGCUUAGUGUUACAGCUCCUUUUGCUCUCAACCUUUUAGUUUUCUCCUUGAAUACGUGGAUGUAGGACAGCAGAGCGGCCUUGCUGGUCGUGGUUUUAUCACAAAUUCGGAGAAUAAAUCCGUAACACGUUUGAUUGACGGGACAUUUCAGACCUCGGCUGGUUGUAGCGGCCUUGCUUGGCAUUUCAGAGCUAAGCUGUCACUGACUGAGAGGUUAUUGUGUAAGGACUCAAAAACCUUGCAUAACUGCUGUGUCAGAGAGCGUCCAUUUCUCUAACGCUUCAGUGAGAGCUCAGGAGCUUUUAGAGUAAAAAAAAAGCCGACACAAAUUGAACUCGGGGAAGAAAAGGUUUCGGGAUAAUGAAUGGGUUUUUAGAAGCUUGCAAGACUGCAGCUAAUGAUCACUCCCCAGCAGUUUGCCAAGCUUGGCAGCAGCCCGCUGGCAUUUAUCUGUCACCGCUUCCGGAAAUGUCUGCGAGCAGCCAAGUGACUGCCGGGCUAAAGACGACCGCCUUUCUGUCUGACAGUUUGAACCCACUCGAUUGUAUACAGAGGCACAGGGCGAGGUUUAAUGAGGAAACCUCUUUAUAAAAUCUGUGUAAUUCACAGAAAGUCUGAAAUGCAGGUGAUCCAACAUGGCUGCCCGUAUGAGUGCAAGGUUACAGUUUGGUCAUCUCCACACAAAGAACCACAAACUACUAGGGGUGGGGGGAAAAAUGAUUCACAUAAGUAUCGCCGUUUUUUUGUUUUACAAAUUUUAAAUCGAUUUUUAUGUUCAAAAAUCGAUUUUUUUCUCAAAUUUAGGAACAAAUCUUAAAAACUUACUUAAAUGUGAUGUGUAAUUUUUGGGAAAAUAUGGUAUUAAAAAUUAAAAAUAUCGUAGAAUCGCAAUUAACAUUGAAUUGGCAUCCAAAAAAUCGUAGAAGAAUCGAAUUGGGAGAAGAACAUAUCGUCCUAGUACUAGCUAUCCAGUUUUUUUUAUGUGUUUAUGACAAAUAAAGAUCAGGUCAGCUUCAUGCUCAUUACUUCCAUUCCAAAAGUUUCCCUUUCAAAGUUUUUAUUUUGAGCUGCUUUCCUGUCUUUCUCUCCAGAGUUCAUGAGGAGUCCCUGUGUGGAAGCCGGCCUCAUCCCUCCUCUAAUUCAGCUGUUAAACUCCACCGAUCAGGAGGUUUUACUGCAGACCGGCAGAGCUCUUGGCAACAUCUGUUACGACAGCCGUAAGUAGGAGUUUGUUUUUCUGAGGGAACACUAAAUCCCUCAUGAGCCUUGUCAUCACCAUCACAGAGCUAAUGGAAAAUAAGUCAUAAAAAAAGAUGCUGCAGCAGACCCAGCUUUGAUCUUUAAUAAUGUGUUUCAAAGACAAAAAACCUUUCAGGGCUUCUUGCAGUGCAUGCAGGGAAAUACUGCAGACACACAGAGUGGAGGGCAGUUUCUGACUGCAGGUUGGAAACACUACAGCUUUGAUUCAUUUAUUGAAGUCAGUUUGAGCCAUAGUAGUAGUUAUUUUAGAGUCAGAGGGGCAUUACAUUUGAAUGCAAAUCAGUGCUAGGUGCAUGCAACCAUAACACAACAAGGUGCAAAAGAUGCUCUCAGAAAGACCAGGGCUGACCCUAACAGUGUCUUUUGAAAACCAAAAUUAGGCACGUUUGUUUCUCAAUGCGUCGUUGCACAUAGACCACCACAGCAACAGAGCGAAAGGCAGAGGGUUUACAAGCCGAGGCUGAAAAAGACUGAAAAAGUGAUCAUCUUUCUCCAAGACUUUUUUACAAGGAGCUGAAUCAUCCAAAGAAAUCCUCACAAACCCAUAAAAUCAAAAGUUUCAGGUCUAAAAGGAUUUCCUCACUAAACAAACCAGCUACAAAUACGCCGAGGGCACAAUAGGGCUGUCCCUUUUUCAAAGAGUCAGCUUUGAGUAGUUCUGAAACAUGGCAUGUUCAAAUACAUUUACCCAAUGGUGUAGAGCCCAAAACACGUCCACAAGGAGCGUCUCAGAUGUUCUGGUGCCAUGAUUGUACACUCAGGGCGACUUUGAUUGCAGUAGAAAAUCAUCACUUUAUUCAUUUAAUGUACUGAUAUUCUUGGUCGACUUAAUCCCUUAAAUUUUCGACCAAAAAUCAGCUACAUUUUUAGGAUUUUUCUAACUCUAAUGGCAAACCCUUCUGUGGAGGGGGACGACGCGGCUCGGUGGGAUGAAAAUAUACUGAUAUCAGCACAAAAAGGCAAUUAAACACAAAAGGCAAUUCAAGGAGCAUCGAUUAGCGUGGAUGCCCUUCAAUCUUCCUGUCUCCAGCCAGUCUCCGGUGGGUUGGGCGAAUCCAAAAUGGUGAAAACAUGGGGGGGGGGGUGUCUGAGACAGGCUGUUCCUCCUGAUGAAAUUAACCAUAAAUUGAUGCGGAAAAAAAUCGAGUCGACUUAACAGAAUUUCGGUCAACUCAGUAUGUAUCGACCAAUAAAUCGACCAGUCGACUAGGACUCUACAGCCCUGCAAGAGUGCCAUUUCGUGGACAGGUAGCGAUGACAGUGCCCUCUGCUGGAUCAUGGGAUAACUACCUCAGACAGCUCAAGGUACUCAUCAGCUGUAUGUUUUGAUUUCAAAUGGCUCAUUUCAGUUAGAAUACAAACGUUUCCUCCAGUUAUAACAAGUUCUUGCAUUUAAGGUAAAAAAAAUCACAGCCAUAGCGCACAAGCGUGAUCACCAUGAGUCGCGUCAUGAGUCGGCAGUCCAUUUUACUAUUUACUCCCUGUACCAGUCACCUCAAACAAAGAAGAUGGGAAGUGAGGGUGUCUCCAAUGAACACAUCUGUGUGCCACUUUACUACAGUUACACUAAAGAUACAGUAACCUGAACCGAAGUUAGAUUUAAAGGUUAAUCAAGCUUCCAUUGACCGCAUAAAAUACAAGCCUCAGUGUGCAGCUUUCCAAAAUGAAGAGGACCGGGUUUAAAGUGACCCAGUAGACCAGAGUAUACAGCCGCGGUUCAGUGAUAAUUAGAUCAUCACUACUGCUAAAGGUGGGCAGGUAUUAGCAGCAUUUGAGUGUUAUUAGGGCUCUAGAGAUUUUAAUUAUUAAAACACUGAUGCUGGUAAUGUGAGAGGAGGUCAGCUGAUGGCCUUUAUAUAAUAGUAAUAUCAUGUUGUUGUUGUUUUUUAUGCAGUAGAUAAAUAAAACAAUUACAUGACAUAUGAUUUGAAGUAGAAUGAAUUUGGUCAAAUUUAGCUGCAAAGGACUUUUGGAUCUCAGCCCACUCACCUAAAACUAUGAGAAGAAAGAAGUGCUAGGAAAGUCACAUUUAAUUUCAUUAUUCCAUCCACACUACAAUCUCAUGAAUACGCUUAUUUUAGCCAGUAACAUGUCGCAGAUAGUACAUUUGUAUUUUAUUCAGCCCUGAAUUAGAAAAAUACACAGGGUAAAGAUUUCUGAAGCUCUUGUUUAUAUCUUCAUGCAUACUCACAUCAAAUUACAUCCAAACACAAGAGCUUAACCCAUUCAGCAUUUAUUCAAGCCCUUAAAAAAAGGCGAGUAUAAAAUAAAACAUCUGUAAACUCUGGUUUCUGUGUUGAAGGUUGAAAAAAGGAGUGUUUUUUUUUCACAUGAAUAUCUUUUUUCAUUUAAAAAGGUUUAUGUGAAUUCAUAACUUCCAAAUGUUACAGAUAAUUUUAUAGGAGUGUGUUUCGUAUUUGUAAAAAAAUGCUCCAGAGCACCUCUGACGUUAGAGAGGACAUGAAUGAACUCAUGGAGGGUUUGAUUGUGUACCUCAGGGAGGAGCCGCAGAGUUUAAUCCUGAUUCUGCAGCCUGCGUUCAGGCUUUAAUCACAGCUGUCAGUUCUGCUGCAUGGUUUCUGCUCGUGUUGAAAAGCCGGGCGUCUCAGGAAUCUAGUGGGAAGUGACAUUUGUUGGAGUGGAGGGGGGUCUCAGCGAGAGCUGGCAUGGAUUUAUGAAAGGCUCUCUGGGAGGAGUGGAGAGGCAGCUGCUCGCCACCUUAAAGAAACACUGUAAUAUGGUGGACCUUAGCUGUCUCAGCACAAUAUGAUGGAACAGGAUUUAACUUCUCUGCUACUGUAUUUAGAAAUCUUUCUAUAGAAAGCUUCAAGGGUUUGAUUCGCAAAACAUGUCAUUUGUUCAGCUUAUUUAAUAUCCUGAAGAAGAAGCCUCACUGUGCUUUAGAAAUCCCCUUUAUACCAAGUAUAACCGAUUAGCUGUUAUUUGACAACAACAUACAGCUCUCAGAAAAAAGGCCAACUUUCAGGCUCUCCAGUGUUCAGGAUUUUACCAUAGGCUGAACCGUUUACAGCGUCUUGGUAGUAACCACGUCAAUUAGAUUAAAAAAGGAGAUUCACUGAAGAUGCAAAAACAUACAGAAUGAUUUUACUGCAGCUGAGAAUUCAAGUGGAAUAUUUUGGAGUUGGACAUUUGAAGGAGAUGCCUGUAAUGAAUAAAUGCAAAAAUAGAGCUGUACGAUCAACCGAGUUUCUAUUUCAGUUACGAUUAUUGCUCCUAAUGGUGGAGAGAGGAGAGCAGGGAGCUGGAGGAAACAGGUGUGUGUCUGAAAAACCAAGGGACAAAAAAAUAUUUUUUUGCCAUUAUUGAGCAGCCCUCGUAGGAAAUGGGAUUCAAAUUCAAUCCAGAAGUAUGAAUCAGUCUCUAGUCUUAAUGCAGAAUUUCCAUACCCCACAGUUCAGUGUAGGAUAUUUUCAGGGAAUUUUCAUGUUUGCAGCAUCUUCAGAAUCAGAUUUGGUACUUAGUAGAUACAAGGAGUCGUCUAAGUGUUUGGAAAAAUCAGUUAAUGAAGAAGCAGACUGAAAAAGGAAAAACUUGUGAACGGCAGUAUUUCUGCAUCCAGGGGCUUUAAAAGUAAGAUAUAAAAGUGUUCAAAACUGUGCAGUGAAAACAGACAUUUGUGGUUUUCAUGUCUAGACUACGCAUUUUUCAUAUCAGAAGGAUAUUCUCUAUUUAAGUUUCUCUUAUUCUGUUUUUGUUGGGCUUUUUAAUAUUUUCUAAAGAACCACUCAACUUUGUUUUUCCUUCAAAGUGCUGUAAAUGGAGCGUAUAGAGCACAAUAGCAGGGGAGAGAGUGGAAAUGUUCUCCACAUGGUGUGUUUCGGUGUUGCUGAGGCGUGGCACGCAGCCACCAGUGAAUGAAAGUAGCAGACGCACUGAAACAGUGAGGGCUGACUCAUGUAACGCUUCCUUUGGCAGCUGUUGUACCAGACAAAGGCCUCCUGGAGAGACCGUCAGCACUGCUGGGGAUUUCUCCUCUCUCAGUGGUAAAACAUUCAGGUCUUUAAAGGGGUUCAUAUGAAAACAGACUCAGCAGCAAAAGCUCAGUUAUGCCAAACACCACUGGUGUCAAAGAUCUGUUGAUUUAAGUUUCUGUCUUUGUCUUCUUUUUCUUAUAAACUCCUGUACUUUGAUUUUGUUUAAUGCUUUUGCUGCAACAAAUUGAUUUUAUUAUCUGAAGUGUGCAGGGAGAGCCAAAGUCAGAGCUCUCCUAAAAGGACUUAUGUUUGAAAAUGAUGAAUUACGACCGCGCAUUUUAUAAUGACUGUCAUAUUAUCUAAUGGAGUGUCUCCAACAGAGCGACAUCAUACCUGUGACCGUCGGAGGUGGUCACCAAGCGUGUAGUCGGUGGGGUUUAUUGAAAACACUGACAUAUGUUAUCCUUUCUAAUAGGGCUGUCAGGGUAUUUGACUUCCACCUAGGGCUGGGCGAUAAAACGAUAACAAUAUACUGUAUGUCGAAAAUUAAUUUCCUUCGAUAUAAAACAUGGUCAAUAUGCUUUUCGAUAGUCGGCAUUCUGCCAUGUUUUGGAAGACUAGUGGUUCUCAAGUCCAGUUCUCGAGGCCCACUGUCCUGCAUGUUUUGGAUGUUUCCCUGCUCCAACACACCUGAUUCAAAUGAUCAGCUCGUUAUCAAGCUCUGUAAUGGCUUAAUAACGAGCUGAUCAUUUGCAUCAGGUGUGUUGGAGCAGGGAAACAUCCGAAACAUGCAGGACAGGGGGCCUCGAGGACUGGACUUGAGAACCACUGAGCUAGAUCAUAAGUUACAGAGCUAAAUGAAAACAAUUUUAAAAAGGUGAGUAUAGCUUUUGGAUUCACAAUAAUUCUGAAGUGUCUAAUUAUCACUCAGAGGGAUGCUAAAGCUAGCUCACUAGCAGCUGCUGCUUCUUUAUUUUUCCACAGUUUUACGAGAUUUGACAACCAGCACAUUUACAGUACCAUUUCCAUGAGUUAAUGGUGUUACUGUGUGCUUAUUCUUAGCACAGUAUCAAUAUUUUCCUUCUUUUUUUUUUUAAUAACAAUGGUUAUCAUCUUUAUACCAGUUUAUUGCAGCAGCUCUACUUUCAUUAUUAUGUUGUGUCAUCCAUCUGUUCAUUCAGUUUUUGUAAGUUUGCAUAAACUUCAAGUUCUCCAAUAUAUGACAGCUUACAGGUAUUUGUUCAACUUAUAAUUUUAUCAGUUUCCCCCACACACACAAACACACUCAAUGACAGCUCUGCUCUCUUAGUACACAACAGUGUGUACCAUCCUGCCGCUUACUGUUGCUGUCACACUGAGAUUAUGAGUUUCUGAACAGAAUUAAAGAAUAACAAACCCCGACCAGCUGGAAUAUGAGCCUCAUUGUAAACCUAAACCUGGAUUUACUCUCUGUCAUAAGGUUCAGGUCAUGAUGAUUUCUGGUGCACUUGUUUUAUUCUCCAUUAUGACUGUUUUUUUAGCCUCAGUUUGCAUUGAUUUGUAUGUUUUGUACUGCUUACUUUACAAUGCUUUUACAUGUUUUUUUUCAGGUUGUGGUUUCUUUUUUUUUCUUUUGAUUUAUUUUUCUCCCUUUGCUUUGUGGUUGAUUUGUGUCCUGGCCUCUUUGUUUUGCAGAUGAGGGCAGGAGUGCAGUUGACCUGGCAGGAGGGGCUCAGAUAGUAGCUGAUCACAUUAAAUCCCUCUACCAAAAUACUGAGCCGGAAAAUGAGAAGCUCUUGACUGUCUUUUGUGGCAUGCUGAUGAACUAUAGCAAUGAUAAUGGUAAUGACCAUCUACCCCCAAAGAACAACUGUUGACUAAUCACAACUAAUCAGCGGAUGUUCUCUUUCUUCUACACAGACGAUGUCUCAUGGUUUUUUCUUUUGUCAUUGGGCAGCUUUGUCUAACUGAAACAGAAGACUUUUGGUCACUCAGACUGACUUUUUCCUGAUCUUUCUAUCAUGCUUUCUGUUGCUUUCCCAUCUUCACCUCUGAGGUAAUCUCCAGUUAUUAAUAUUUGCUGAGAGUCCUGUCUGGUAGCUGCAGUACCCCUGCUCCAUCCUCUGUCAGAAUCUUGAGCUAGUUCUCUCCUUGCUAGUAUAGAGAGUGAUGUUGCUUCAUUUGUCUGGUUAGGUAUCACAACAACUGUCUGAAGGCAUCAAAUUGGUGCAUCCAUUUAUUUGCCAUUUUAGUACAUUUGGCUCCUUUGGCACCCCUCUGAUGUUUGCUCCAACACCUUUAUCAAGUCAAAAUUGGUGGCGACUGCAUAGAUUGGUAAAGGUAGAUGUAACCACUGAAAAACACUGACUGUUUCACAGUUUGUCGUCUCCAAACCUCUACUAUUUCAUUUUGGUUUCUGUUAGGCAUAUCCCGAUACGAUAUUGAUAUCAGAUAUCUGUCCGAUAUCAGCAAAAAGUGAAAUAUCGGAUUAUAUUGGCCUGCAUCUAAAAUCUCCAAUAUCAGCACCUGGAUCCUAAGGUACGAACAAAGUAGCAAGGAGUAGUAGUGAUUUCGACCCUAUGGCAGUAUUUUUCAUUUAAGUCUGAAAAAGACGUUGCAGCUGAGUGCGAAACUUAUUAUGCACAAGGUUAUGCUAAUAUUGGAUCAAUAUCAGUAUCAACCAAUAUUGAAGGCUACAGUACCGGUAUCUUAUAGGAGGUAAAAAAGUUGUAUUGGGACACCUGUAGUUUCUGUUGUCAGAGGUAACUGGCAAAAACAAUCUUUAAAGAGAAAACUGUGUGUUUGCUUUAAAAAUGAACCACCAGUGUUUUAAGAUAUAGGAAUGUUAGAAGUGACUAAGCCUCUGGUUACUUAAACAGAGAUUUAAAUGCUGACUAACCUUCUAGUCUAAAGGAAAGUGAGGAAAACAUUAGAAAUCAAACACAGCUUACUAAACACAAAUAAAAGAUGACAGAGUCUGCAGGAAAAUUAAAAAAUGUGGAAUCAGUUUACAGAGAUUGGCCAAAGUCAGGUCCACAUUAAUGAAGUAACUUGUAGGGAUGUCCUGACCAUAGACUGCACAACGAACGUGUAGCCUCAUUUAUGUUACCCAUUUGUUUAUGAUGCAGACUCAACCUGAUUUUCAGUGAACCUGCUGUACUUCUGAUCCCUUAAUAACUUCAGAACAAACUCAAAAAACUUCCGGUACAGUGGGUGCUUCAGGUCAUAGACGUGUUUAAUUUGGCUCUAAAACAAAAAACGUCUGUUUUGGCUCAGUGUGUAUGUGGUUUUUGAUGCUUCUGCAGAUAGUCUCAAGUGGACACGCAGGGAACUGCAGUUUUUAGCACUUUGAUGUUGGCUUCAUUUUUCAAGACUGGAGGCUUUUGUAAUACUAAGUAUUUUUCAAUACCAGGUCCUGAUCCGAUUUGUGAGUUGAUGCUGUUUAAUCAGGGUUGAGGUUGUGAAACUGUUUAAUGUAAAUCGAUAAAAAUGUUAUUUAAAGAUGUGGUGCUAAUUUAGCUGGAGUCUUUACAUCUGAAGCUCUUGUUGUAUUUUAUUGAACAUAAUCUUUGUGUUUUUUGGACAUAUUUUGUCCUCUUGUUAGAGUUUACACACUUCCAGUAAGCUUUUUCUCCCAUCUUCCUCUUUGUUCAUCAUGUUCCUGCGACACUUUCUGAAAUAUUUCUCUAACAUUACUCAAUGAACUUCCAUGUGUACCUGUUCUCUCAGUCUAUGAAACUGGAAGAGGUGAUCCUCCCCCCCUCUGUGUCUCUGCAUUCAGCUUGUUUCCUGGACUCUCCUGCACUCCGUGUCUUUGUGAUAACAGGCUUGUUGAGAGCAGACAGUGUGUGAUCUGACAGACUCAGACCUCCUGCCAAGGUGUCUUUUGGCUCUCCACCAGUCUCUGAUGUGUUUGGCUGAUUGAUGAGAGGCUUUGGGUUGCACUGACAGAGUGGAUGAGUUUUUGUGGCUUUCUGCAGCUUUCAGCAGCUUUCUGCACCUAGCUGACUCUUCAUAUAUAGUUAAUGAUGUGACAACUCCCCGCUUACUCACACUGGAUCAACUCCCAUCAGUUAAAAAGACUCCCUGAGGAAAAAGACACAGAAUAUCUCAGAGACAACCACCUUUUUAGUUCAAAUGCAGAUAUAAUCCUUCUGUUAUCACCUUUUAAUGCAAAUACAUUCUCAUUGCUCAAGAAAGAUUGAGAUUGAAGGUGAAACCUUGCAGAAAGAAACAGCCCUUUUAUCGUUUUCAUCAGAGCCGUCAUAGUCCGUUGAUACAAACAUCAUCUUACCUCACAGAGCGAGAAGUAUUGGCUUGUCCACUGCUAGUUUUUGUGUCUCAAAAAAUAGUGUUUUCGUUCCUAUCUUACCAUUUACACAGGUAAGGCAAUGCAGUUAAACAAUAAAGCGAAGAAUGUAGUAGGACUGGGUGAUAUGACCUCAAAUCAAUAUCACGAAAUAUUGAGCAGUUCGCCUCGAUAAUGAUAAAUGGACGAUAACUACUCCACAAACUGCUCACCACCACCCACAUUAACUUCGUCAACUUCAGCCGCUGCUCCAGCCGCUACACUGUCCUGGAUGGGGUGGAGUCACGUCUCUGACGUAGGACGGCAUCUUAAAGAGACAUGAGACCAGAGCCUACCUACAAACAUCCAAAACCAACUUUCAUUUAUUUAUUUUUUUGACACCAAAUAUACCCAUAUGGGCAAAAUAACAUUGAUAUUGUUGUAAAUUUUGGUAUCUGUAAAUUUUUGGUUUACCACCCAGCCCUAGAAUAAGGUGACAUUUACUUUUCAGACUUAUAAGUAAUUCGCCUAAUUGGUCGAAUAGAAAUUUCAAGACUGCAGUGAAUGAAAACAGAGAUAAUCGCUUAAACAGACUGACUCCUAAUCCUAAAGGCAGAGCUAAGUUUACCUCACAGUAACAUUAGCAGGAGAAACAACUGAUAAUCCAAACAAAAUCAAAUUAUUAUCUAUUAUCCUGAAGAUAUUAAGGAUAUGUGACUAAUAAUUUGUUAGAUGGUGAAACAAAUUAGAAAUCAAACUGAGAGAGGAUUAUUAUUUUUAAAGCUUUUAUGGGCGUUUUGUUUGAUAUUCAGUUCUUUGGUCAAACUCUUUUUAUUACCAGUUUAUGACAAAUAAAAAACAAUGUGUUCAUAAGUUUCAAGGCUCAGGCUUUUUUAAAGCCCCAUCUAUUCUUAGUGAAGUCCUUGCUGCUGUAGCAUCCGAUCAGUGAAGAGGAUACAUGAAAGUCCACUCUCAUAUAUCCAUAAAGGCCAUAAUUUGCAGCUGUAACUACUGUCAGCUGGCUUUAUUAAAGUUUUAUUCAGGAUCCCCAUUAGAUAUUACCAUAGUAACAAGUAUUAUUUUAUAGCUUUAUUGAAUUCCCAACAAAAAGGCUGCAGACAGUUUUCACUGUCACAGUUUUUUCAUGAUUAAAUUGUUUGUGUUAAAGGUUAUUAAGCGGUGUCUUCCUCACAUUACCUGUUCUCUACAAGCUUCACAUGUACCUCUGAGUUGGCUCCAUGCAGCUGACAUCCUGAAGCUCCUUUCUGGUCUCAGAAGCCAUCAUUACCUUUGCAUCAUGAAUGAAUCAUUGUCAUAGUACCAAACAUCCUUUGUCUGGAAUAUUCCUGAUUGAGUAGACGUAGAGGAAAAACUGAAGUCUUGGAGAAGUUGAAGCAGCUUGAUGAUGUUUUCUUGUCUCCAUGUGACCCACAGAUAUCCCAGUUUUUACCUGUUGUUUUUUUUUCUUUGUUAUCAUCUUAAUAAUCUUGAAUCUAAUUUUCCAUUCCCCUUUAUUUCGUCACACACUUUGUAAACUCUCUGUUGGGGCUUUGUUGGUCUGUAAACACCACUGUUUUGUCGCCUUUCUCUUUUAUGGCUUUUUGGGGCUCAGCUUGUCCUGGUGUUGUGAGGUCAUCUUGACAUUCAACAAGGAUCUGAAAAGAUCUUUUUGAGUGGUGCUCUUAAGACUUUGUCCCUUUCUUUUCUGUUACGCUCAUAUAACAUCUUUUCAUUCACUCAGGUCUGAGACAGAAAAAAACAUCUUAAAGCUUCCUUUAUGCCCUCCGAGUGUGUCUGAUAGCUCCACCGCUUCUUACCACCUACCGUCAAACUCUGACUACUACUGUCAUGUUGUGGGUGUUUAACUGCUUUAUGCAGGUUUGAAAGAAUGAAAUUUAAAAAGUUGAAUAUCUUGCUCAUAAAGAAUAAAGUCAUGUUUGUUUUAGUAAAAAGGUCAAAAUACUUUUUAAAUUUAAAAACCUUUUGAAAAUAAAUGGCCUGUCUGAAGAAUUAUCAGAACAUCUUCCUGUAAAUAUUCCAAUUUUUUAUGUGAAAUUACAACAUUAUUCUCUUUUUAUUUCUUAAAUGCAGCUCUAAUACUCUAAACUUAGAGAGCUCAACAAUAUUAUCUAUAUUAAAAGUGUUUAUUUAAUGUAAAGAGUGAGAAACCUCAGUGAGUUGAUCAGCACUCUCAUUUUAAGGUCCCUUUAUGGGAUUGUCUGCUUUGCUGGUGUUUGGAUGGCUUUAAGAUGACAUUUUGGAAAAAUUCACUCACAGUUAUGUUUAAUUUUAUGUAAAAAUUCAAAGUCCAGUCUUUACCUCUUAACCUCUGCAUUGUGUUUCGAGUAAGAGAUCAUUGUCUUAUCUUUUGUGUCUUUGUAUUUUUGCAGAUUCUCUACAAGCCCAGCUGAUCAACAUGGGAGUGAUUCCCACUCUAGUAAAGCUGCUCGGCAUCCACUCCCACAACACAGCCCUGACAGAAAUGUGUCUAAUUGCCUUUGGGAAUCUGGCAGAGCUUGGUGAGUCCAUAUAAGUACCUGACUCAUGAUACUAUCACGCUACGAACCUAAAAUAAACAUUUUAUCUGCAGAAAUUAAACUUCAUUCGCUUUAAUUUUCUUUUUUUAUGUAAAGGUAAAAUACACAAAAGGUAGAACUAAGGGAGGCUUUCUUCUCUGUCAUGACUCACUGAGGAUUUUUCUGUGUUGUGUUCAGAGUCCAGCAAAGAGCAGUUUGCCUCCACCAACAUCGCUGAGGAGCUGGUUCGUCUUUUCCAGAAGCAGACAGAACACGAGAAGAAGGAGAUGAUUUUUGAGGUUCUGGCUCCUCUGGCAGAAAACGGUAACGUGAUUUCUCUUUCUUUUUUGUAUAUCAUUAAACAAAAGGCCAUGCUCACUGUCUGAGAAGUCUGGAGAUAAAACACAAAGCAGUGAGAGUCUGCAGUGUCCUCUCAUGCAUUUAAAUGAAACUAUGUCCACCUACUCUGUAGUAAAUUAUCCUCCGAGUGUGAGUCAUGCUGCUGCAGACUGCACAGUCAUGGCAGACAGAUCCUGCAUUUGCUCAGCUGCUCUCUUUAAAGCUUUAAGAAUGUCUGUGUGUCUGUGUGUGUGUCUGUGUGUUUUCAUGUGUGUGCGCUGCCUGUCGUUAUCGCCGUUCAAGGCUCUCUGGGUGCUCGUACAUCGUCAGUCUCCAGGACAACGUCCUACUUAACUCCACUCCAGAGAAACCUUGUUCUCUGUCUGCCUCUCCAUCUCUCUCAUUUGUCACACUACAUGUUGUUCAUCAGAUUUAUCGGCACACAAAUGAACAGUUACCUCUGAAAGCCUCACAGCUGUGAUGGUAAGAGAAAGAUGAUGCAGAACUGUUCAACAGGAGAUGUGCUUUUACUUUGAAAUGCACUUUUCUAAAACGCUCUUGUAGUACAGGGUUAGGGUUUUGCUAAGAGGACAGUUGUUUAAAAGUAAAACGUAAAUGUGAAGGAGGAGGAUCAUGGGAGCUUUUCUCAGAACUGUAGUCAGACUGUAAAACAGCUUUAGUUCACACAUUCAUCCUGAAAAGUUAGCUCCAAAUAUGAAGGCAAACAGCCUCGCCUUUCCCUCUGACUUUACCCAGACUUUUCCUUCUCAGGUGCACAGAAAGUUUUUGAGGAAGUUUGGAUCAACCAGUGUGAACGUUUAAGGACAAUCACUCCUUAGGGGUGAUUUCCCUGCAUUUCAUGUCUUUGUUCAAACAUCAGGGCAUCUAAAGUAGCUCUAUUUUUCUACAUGAAAAUAAAUAACAAUGUAAAUAAGACAAACAUAAUGGAAAGACAAAUGCUAAAUUAGCUAAACAGUUGAAAAAAAUUGUAUAAAUUGCAAUAUGUUGUAUCGCAAUAUUCACUGUAUCGCAAAAUGUUAAAAAUGGCAAUAUAUUGUAUUGUGGCCCAAAUAUCGUGAUAAUAUUGUAUCGUGGCCCAAGUAUCAUGAUAAUAUCGUAUUGUGGCCCAUCUAUCAUGAUAAUAUUUGUCUCGUAUCGUGAUAAUAUCGUAUUGUGACCCAAGUAUCGCGAUAAUAUUGUAUUGUGAUAAUAUCGUAUUGUGAUAAUAUCGUAUCGUGGCCUAAGUAUCGUGAUACUAUUGUAUCGUGAUAAUACUGUAUUGUAUCGUGAUAAUAUCGUAUUGUGACCCAAGUAUUGUGAUAAUAACGUAUCAUGGGGCCACUAGUGAUUCCCACUCCUAUUAAGUUUACACAGGAGAAUGAUUAUCUUACUUUAAAGAGUCAUAAAUACCAUCUAAGGUUAUUUGAGAAGAACAGCCAGUUGCCUUAACUAAAAUAAAGAAAUGCAGAUUGUCAGUGUCUGAUAGCGGGGCUUGCAUGAAAAGAUGGAUCCACCACAUACAGGAGCAGGCAAAGGGACUGCGUGCAGUGUAAACCUGGGGGCAGGUGAAAGUGGGGGUCUUGGCAUACCCAAUAGAUCAGAUUUUUAUAGAUCUUAUAAUCUCACAUGUAAAAUAAAACCAUGACGGCCGGCAUUCAAUGGGGUGUAUCUGAUGAUUUUAAGACAUUAUUUGAUUACUGCAGGUGCUGCCAUAUUCUGUGCUUACAGCCAUGAUAUUUAUGUGCCUGAUAAAAUGGGAAUAGUAUCGUGAUAAAAAAAGUCCAGUAAAAAAAAAAAAAACAGGCGCCUCUGAAAUAGAGUCCAGUCCAGCAGUAAAUGUUAUUUCCUGCUCUUCAUCUCUGCUGGAUGACAGAGAUACUGUUUGCUUUAAGCGGUUUCUCCCUCUCUGAAGUGAUCAAACAGUAGCUGAUAAACGGUAACGGUUCCCACAUUCAUAUAUUUCUUUCCACAUGUCCAGGCUGAAGCUUUCUUAGCAGCAUUACUCAUUUUAAUCUACAUUCUUGCAAAAGUGAAAAGACGGAAUCAAAAAUGCACAAAGUGUUUUCAUCAGUGCAUUCAGACUCAGAUAUUUGCAUAUAAACAUUGUUUGGCAACCUGCUGAUGGGUGAAACUUUGGUUAGAUGCUGCUGUACAAACUGACAUGUCUUCAUGAUGCUUCAUGUGCUCUGCAGUCCUGUUAGUAUGCAGAGCCAUGACGACUCCCAUGUGAUGCAUUUCAUAUGAUGCAGCACUGCAUUGCAGCUGCAGCUGCAGCAGCAGCAGCGGCGUGUUUGACUGUACUCCUCUCUGACCGUCUCCUCCCAGAUGUGAUAAAGCUGCAGCUGGUGGAGGCCGGCCUGGUGGAGUGUCUGCUGCAGGUGGUGGCUCAGACUGUGGACGGAGAGCGAGAGGAAGACAUCGCCCAGCUCAAGACGGCCUCAGACCUCAUGGUCCUCCUGCUGCUGGGAGGUAAAAACUCCAAAUAUCAGCCCCUUUAACCAACAGUGACAUGUAUCUUCAAAAAAAAUAUGAAUCCAUUUUUGUGAGCUACUGUGUGAGUGAAUGACAAACAACUUUUAGUAACAGCUGUUAAAAAUUCAUACAUUCAUCAAACAGCAGAAAAACUUCAUUUAUGUUGAGUGACCGUGAAUAUAAAUGUCCUCUGUCCAGCGUGAUGCUGAAUAUUAAUAAUUCAACCUUUAUCUGAAUAAUUGAUCGCAGCAUGCUGAACCUGAACAUGGCGUGUUAUUAAUAUACAUAAUAGAGCCUUUGCAGCUUGGACGACAUGGUUCAGGGCUGAUUAUAGACAGCAGGGUUCAUUCGGUACACUCGCACUAUACAAUGUGAUCCAGUACAGCAGCUCUGCAAUGACAUCUGCUUCAUCAAAUGCAAUAAUGUUCACUUUUUAUUCAUAAUGUCAGACAGAGUUCAUUAUAUAUCACAUAUUAACUAUUAAUUUAGAGAUAGGAAGAGGUUUUCCUCAAUUUAGCCUCAUUUACAAGUACAAGAAUCGACUGAUAUAUAACGCAGAUUUUGAGCCAGGCUAGUUCAUCAGCAGGACUCUUCUACUACAGAGCCAUGGUGUUGUAAUCCCUGUUGUCAGAAUGUGGUUUGUCAUAGGCUUGCUGAAAUAUGAAGGUCUUCCCUGGUCUUCUCUAGACUCUGACAGUCUACCUGGCCGUCUUAGAGCCUUGCAGACCCUUGAGACUUUGAAAUCAUCCUUGAAGACCCACCUUUCCUCCCUUGUGUUUCAUAAAUAAGCUCACACGAAUCAUAGGCGCUGUAGCUUUUAUUCUUUUACUGUCUGUAUUUUAUUCCACUGUUUUAAAUUUUAUUGUUAUCUCUCUAUUUAUCUACUUUUUAUUUAUCCUAUGUACAGCACUUUGAUUGACUGCUGUCUUCUUGAAGGGGCUUAUAAGCUUGACUUGACUUGACUUAUUGAACAGACUGAGUUCAAGUAUGUCCUCUCCCUGUCGUGCAGAUGAGUCCAUGCAGAAGCUGUUUGAAGGAGGAAAGGGCAGCGUCUUCCAGAGAGUUCUGUCCUGGAUCCCGUCUCACAACCAUCAGCUGCAGCUCGCCGGGGCCCUCGCCAUCGCUAACUUUGCUCGCAACGGUGAGAUUUUCUUCAUGUUGAGGUUAAGAUCAGGUUCUAGAGGGGUGCGUCUAAAUGUGAAGUGGGACCUUUUCAGCAGUAAAAUAAAAGGAAAAAUAUCUCCAAACACUUUAAUUUUGUUUUUAUUAGCUGAAGUGACAGAACAAAUCAAAGAAAAACUCAUUUAAGACAGAAAAACUACUGAAAGGGAUGUAGUAGUUGUGACCACGAUGCUGCUGAUUUAAUCUUACAGAAAUGAUUACAGGUCAAACUAGUAACAGGAGAGAAAACUAAAACUUUAACCCCUGUGUGCAGAUGGAAACUGUAUCCACAUGGUGGACACCGGGAUCGUGCAGAAGCUUCUGGAGCUGCUGGAUCGACACGUCGAGGAAGGAAACGUCACCGUCCAACAUGCAGCUCUGAGCGCCCUGAGGAACCUGGCCAUCCCAGGUAAGCUGCUGCACCACAAUCCACUCCAGGGUCUCUGCAUAAUAAUUGAAACAGUGGUUGAAUAACUUCUCAUGUUUCCUCCCUGCAGUGGUGAACAAAUCCAAGAUGCUCUCAGCCGGAGUAGCAGAUGUGGUGUUGAAGUUUUUACAGUCCGAGAUGCCUCCAGUCCAGUUUAAGCUGCUCGGGACGUUACGUAUGCUCAUCGAUACACAAGGUGCGGACUAGCUUAGCUCAAUCUGAUCUAAUAGCUCACAGUCUGUGAAGCAGCUUGUUAAAUAAUCUUUUUUUUUUUUUCCAUCAGCUCUGGUUAAAUUCUGGUUUCAUAAUAAUCUGAGUCAUAGAAAAUGCAAAUAUGGUAACUAAAGCUCCCGUCCUGACUCUGGACAGAUGGUUUCAUGUACCAAACGUCGUUGAUAAUCAGAGUGGAAUGAAAAGCUGCUUCUUUGGCUCAUCUGCGGAGAAAAUCUGUGUGUGUGUUUUCAAUCUUCUGUUUGAGCUUUUUCAAGAAGUGAGACUUGACUUUAGUGACAGUAAACUCCAGGAUAAAUUCAUUUAAACACGUUUUGUUUUUUUGUGUCUGUGUUUAGCUGAAGCGGCAGACCAGCUGGGAACCAACGGGAAGCUGGUGGAGCGGUUAGUCGAGUGGUGUGAAGCCAAAGAUCACGCAGGAGUGAUGGGCGAGUCCAACAGACUCCUGUCUGCGCUCAUCCGACACAGCAAGUCAAAGGUCAGACACGCAGCUCAGUGGAGUGUUUUUAUAAUGCAGAGUUGACAGAUUAUUCCGUCUUCAUCCACGGUGGAUUUAAAUGGAUCACCUAACCGUUGUUUCACAGCUGUGGGGAAAAGUAAUUUUGAAUCUUUAUUUACAGACAUAUCUGGAGGGGUGUAACACACCUCUGUGGUUAUCCAGCCACGUCAUCACCCUUUAAUUUGGCUGUAAACAAUUCACACAUUUACUGCUAACUGUUUGCGAACCAGUAAAUGGGCCUUAAUUUCACUGGGCUGCUUUAAUGAGGUCUUCAGAGAGCAGCCAGAGGGUUCUCAGAUCUCUUCAAAAGCAGAAAUGGAUUCAAACCAGAGACUGAAGCAGCGUUUUUUUUAAUCAUGUGUCUGUGUUUUGUGGAUUUCAGGAAGUGGUCAGAACAGUCAUCCAGGGAGGAGGCGUCAAGCACUUAGUUACCAUGGCAACUAGUGAGCAUAUGAUCAUGCAGAAUGAAGCGCUCGUGGCUCUGGGUCUCAUAGCAGGGCUGGAUCUGGGUAAGAACAAGAGAGUUUGACACCUUCAGGAGUUUAAACAGUCAACUCUCUAAUGCUGUUUAUUUAAUGACUGUCUGGACCAACAUGAGUCUGGUCCUUCCCAAGGUUUCUGCCUGUUAAAAGAAAGUUUUUCCUUGCCAUUGUCACUGAUGAUGAGAUGGGUCAAAUUUGUCCCAUCUUAAAGGGAUAUUCCAGCGUGAAAUUAAUUUAAGUCAAACUCAUUGUAACACCGAGUUAGACACCCCCUCGAGAGAUGAAUGUUGCCGCUUGCUUCUCUAGUCAUAUCAACUUUAGUAACGACCACACGAUAGCAAUACACAGCGGUCUAUGUCUCCAUGCGCAAACCUCAACCAAAAAGCCACUUUAUAGAGACAAAUAAUGCUCAGAACAGCACCUAACUUCAUCAACAGUACAUAUAGGGUCCCAGCCAAAGUACUAGCCACCAAACAUCUUCUUAGCUUAGUCUGGUUUCUUUAGCAAAGAGACUAAACACAACUCACCCACUCUCCACCAGCAGCCGCUUGUUUGUGGGGGAGCCCUGACGAGUCAAUCACCGAGUGCAGACGUAGACCGCUGUGUAUUACCAUCAUGCGGUCGUUGUUGAAGUUGGUAUAACUAGAGAAGCAAGCAGUUGGCAACAUUCAUCCCUGAAGGGGUUGUCUAACUCGGAGUUACAGUGUAUGACCCUAUUAAUCUUAAUGCCGAAAUAUCCCUUUAAUGACCAAAAGAUCAUCACAACCUCCAUGACAAUUUGCAUCAGCUUUGUGCAUUCAACUGGACCAAAAUGCAGAACCUGUAAGGGUCAAACCAAAAACUGUGUAACAAGACUCGGUAGUCAAACUCAUUAUCUGACUCUGAAAGCAGCACAAUAAGACAAGGCAGCGCUUCACAUGUAAAUAUGAAGCACUGAAUGUGAGAUUAUUUUGUCUAAACUGUUGCCAGAGUGGUCAUGAAACCCUCAAGAAUCAGUCAUUAAACUCUAUCAACACUGCAUCAGAUUUCCAAUAACUUUUCUUUCUUGGUUCCAGUUGCAGCUGAGAAAGACUUUGUCGGUGCCAGUCUGGUGUCAGUGCUUCACAAACUGCUGUCAGACGAGAGGAGCGCUCCAGAGAUCAAAUAUAACUCCAUGAUCCUCAUCUGUGCUGUAAUGGGAUCAGGUGAGACUUCACCAACAUGAAGGAAACCAUGAAGAGAUAGAAAAUGAAAAACCGUCAUAAUGAAAGUCUUUAGAAACACAAAACCUUCAGAAAAGUCAACAGGAAAUGAACACAACUACACAAGCGGGAGGAAAAAAGACACAAAAUAUAAAGAAGAAAUGAUAACUGAGAAUACAAGUGAACACAAAAGUCCGACUAAAGACAGAAAAUAAAAGGUGCACAUAAAGAUUCUCUGUAGCUGUUACUGAUAACCGAUCAGAGUCUGCUCUAAAUUGCCAACAUUACUAAAAUUAGUCAAUUUUUUUCAAUUUUUAUAUUAAAAGAAUGACUGUAUGCAAAGCUGAGUAAAGAAGGUGGAGAUUCAAACAGCCAAAAUGCUGAUGACACCGUUUUUAUUCUCUGGUCAGCUUGCACAUUGCUACCAGAUGUAUGGAAAUGUGUGUUUGCUAAGAAGUCCAUGAAUCAGUUUUUUUAUUGUAUCAAAUUAGAAAAGUCAACGAUAAGGUGUUCUCAUUAUUCCCAAGCCAGUAUGUUCUGCAUCCUCACUGGUGUUGUUUGAUUGUGCUGCACCAAAACUUUCAACUCUUUGGAUCUAAUGAUUCAUUUGUAUCUCUUUUCGUUCUUUUCCUCUCAGAGCCGCUACACAAAGAAGUCCAGAGCCUGGAGUUCAUCGACGUGGUGUCCAAGCUGCGCGCCCACGAAAACAAAACGGUAUCACACCAGGCGUCGCUCACAGAGCAGCGGUUAACUGCCCAGAGCUAAAUGACUGUGUCAAACCCCGCCCACUGAAAGAAACACCUUCACACUCCUGUCCAUCCACCCGAAUGCCUGCCUGACCACCUUCAGACCACCUGACGACACCUCAUGACUGCGCCCCCCCUCCCUGUGCCCCAUCGUCAUGUGCCAAGGUACCAUGUCGCGUUAACUGCCAGCCAGACGUACGGUCAUGUCUCCGCCCCCAAAUCCUCUGCCCCGCCCACUUCCACCAGGGUCAGACUGAUGAGUAUUUGCUGAGAUUUGCAUGUUUGAGGGAGAAGAGAAGCCUUCACGACUGUUUUUAGACUUCUGUCAGACGCCAAAACUCUCCUCUGAAAGCCAUAAUAAUCCAGAUUUAUCAAGGUCGUCAAGACGGUUCAUGAAAGAGGGCGAGGACGGUUUGUCUGCAGGUGUUAACACCUUUAAAUUCACUCUGCUGUGAUUUCUCCACCAUUUACUUCUGUGGUCUUUUAUUUUGAAAUCACCCCCUCCAUCAGUCUGACCCUGGUGUCCUCCUCUACUUGUGCAUGCAUCUUCUGCUACAAGUAGCUCCUCGGGAGCUGAGGCGCCAUAAACAGCCAAACGCAAUAGAUAAGAGACGACACUCUUUUACGACCAUAGCUGUGAUACCAUCCGCCGGUAAAAUGAAAAAACACCACCAGUGUAAAAACGUGCACAAAAGAACAAAAAAAACAAACAAACAAACCUUCCUGUCGUGAAUUUUCUUUCAUUUUUAAGAAAAGCAGCCAUCCAUGAUGUGCCCAGUCGUGUCCCAUGUAGCCUGAGUGUAAAUUGACUAGAAACUGUGCAUGUUUUAGUCCUGUUGAAGGUGUGACCGUGUUCAUCUGACCUCUCAGCCGCUUGCAUUCUCCACAGUCGUCCUUCACACACACCUCCAGUCCAGUACGCUCCUGUUUUUGCACUCGUUUCCUCGAGAUCUGGACAUUUUAUCAAGUUUUUAACUCCACAGACGUCGGAACACUUUCCUCCGGUCACACACGUGUACAGAGACGACAGAGGCUCCACAAAGUCUCCACAACAACAUCAGAGAGAGGAUCAUGUUAGGAUCAGACAGAGUUGGUUUCUUUAAACGAGGUCUAGGUCAGAUCCCAGACUGGAUGCAGGGAAACUAAGUCAGUAAAGUUUUGUGGCUCUGAUUUCACAUGACAGGAGCUCAACAUAACGAUUGCAGAGGGAUUGUUAGAAAUACAAACGAAUUGUGCCAACAUGCAGAAAAUCGUGAUUUAGUCUGAACAAAAAAUGAAGUUAAAGAAUGGUAAGUUGUGUCAGAGGUGUUUUCUUUACGUUUUUAAAUCUGCUUUUCCACUUUAAAAGUUUGUUUCACUCAGAAACCUUCAGAAAGUAUCGAUGAGAUCAAAUUUUAUAUUUCCUUAACAGUCGGAAGAAGCUGGUGGAGGCUGUGAAGAGCAGAGAAGAACAAAAUAUAUGACAAAGUAAAUGCAGACAAGAAAAUGUGGAUACAGUUUUAGCUUGAAACACUAAAUGUGUCUCCGAACUGCAGAAACUAAAAACCAAGCAAGUGUUUUUGUCUUAUUUGUCUGAAGCCCGGCGUGUGUGGGUGUAGGAUCUGCACUUUUUACAACUAAAGAUGAUACAAACCUAAAAAUAAGGCUGGAAAUACUAAAAGGAAGUAAAAAUUAAAGGUCUGCCAACAGGAAAAAAAAUCACUUGGUAGGUUUCUUGAAAAAUGUCUCGAGGAAACUGGACUUUUUCCAGUCCGUCCAGGUUGUAUUUUUGGCUCUUGGUAUCUUAAAAUGUGAUCUUUAUCUGGACUUUCUGGGUGAAGCCUUUCAAGUGUCUAUUAGAGCUUGGAAUAACACGAAAAAUGUGAUGAAGAACUUUUUUAUUUUACUUUUGGAAAUAGGAUUUGGGGCUGAGUGCACCAGCGGAUGGAACGAUGCCUUAUGUUUGCUGACGUGCUGCCUUGGUCAGGCAUCAGGGUUGAUAUUUGGCAUUUGGCUGAUUGUCUGUAUCCAAACAGAUGAUAACAGUCAUUAAUGAAAAAGUGCAUUAAUUUUGCACUGCUACAGAUUCAUCUUUACCUCUAUGUUUGUUUUCUUGCACCGCUGUGUCUCACUUUAUGCCCCGCCCACAUCACUAACUGAUAAACGGUUAACUGUAACUCUUAAAAGCUUCAGAUUUUAUUAGAUUUGUUGAAAGCAUUUAAGAAAAGUUAAUAAUAUUCCAGUUUCUGAAUUUAGACAUAAAGUUGUUUAUUUUUACUAUUAAUGUAGAUCAGUUUAAAUAUCAGUUGUCUUGUGUCAGCCCUGAAAAGCCAGUAUCACUCCAACCAUACCCCUGAUGUUUACUUGUACAGACAUUACUCAGAGGUUGUUGCAAAGCCGUGUAAAAAGUUGCACCCCCAAGCUGUGUCUGACUUUCUAACAGUGUGAAAGCAGCUUGAACAUCAUUUCAGGCGGAGACUGAAUAAUGAGGGUUUCCAGCAUGAGCUAAGUAAGAAGCUUUUCUGAGGCUGCAAAUUUUGUCAAACAACUGUAAAGGUGUCGUGGACUGACAGGAAACAGGGUUUGUCUAAAACCAGCUCACUGUCGAUGAUGUAAAGCGGCUUCAAACUAACAGAUUCACAGAAUUUAACUUUGGGUCAGUCACUGUUUCAGCUUUAGAAUAAAAUGUGAAGUUACACAAAUGCUCACACUCAGCUAGUGCACUCUACCCCAGGUCCUGGACACAAAGUCGAACCCUCAGUAAGUAGCGUCAUGAGUUCAAUACUUAUGAUUAAGAGAGAAAGAUCUUUUUUGUGUGUAUAUAUAUUUCAAAUUCAGUCAAUUUAUGUGAUAUUUUUUUUAUUUCUUGCUCAAAGAUUUAAGUUAAACUUUAUUGAAACCACCUUAAAUCAUCUUAGUCUCAUACCUGGUAAUUAACCCCAACCAAACUGCAGACUGUCUAUAAAAAAGUAAUCUGUAAAGAACCAGGAAUAAGUUUUCAGUCCAAGCAAGGCCAAAGAUUUUGGGAAGUAACAGAAGAUCACAGAAGAAGAUUGAUUUCUGAUGUAGAUGGUUUAGAUCCGUAAACCCAGAAAGAAGUUCAUCAGUGGGAGAUUUAUCCGCCGUCAUUCCUCCAUGUGUGUGCACGACUCCCGUGUGUGUUACAAUUGUACUGCUCGAGGUCAGGAGUCUGGGAUCUUUAGAGAACGGUUCGACACACAGCAGUCACUACAAUUACCACCGCAGCAGCACAGCCCCCCCCCCCGCCCACCCCCCCAGAGGACCAUCAGCUCGUCUAUCCAAAGGGAUUUGUGCUCACCUCUUAGCAUGUCACACAAAGUUAACACACUCUGUGAACAUACACACACACACACACUCUCUCUCACACACACACACUCAGACAUGCUGUUUCUGCUUUCUUUUUUAAAGGUAUGAAUGGUUAUUUAUCAGAUCUGUGCUCUUUAAAGACACAUGCCAGUGGAGAUGUAUCCAUAGUAACUGCGUAAAAUACAAAUAUAAACUUAAAUGUUUGUUGUAAAUGUCUUGAGUUGUACAUUUGGAAGAUUGUAACUCAGCAGAAUUAAAAAGAUGAUAGCUGGUCAGGCUGUGUGUCCUUCUUUUAAACAACUGAGUAACAAAAUUUCACUCCCUAUGAGACAAGUCGAACAUGCUCUCUGAAUAUAAAAUUCAAAAAGAAAACAUUAAAAUUCUUUCAAAUGGGAUCCUCAAAAGUCCAAAAAGCACAAUCUUCAGGGUUGGGUAGUUCAGAAAUAAUAUGAUCAGAUUUUAUCAUUAGCAAUGUUUGA